AUGACCUCCGCCUUUAGAGGCUCGCAGAGAUUAGCUCCGGUUUUGACACACCGUUCGGGGAAUGCUUCAUCAAGUCUUACCGAUAUCACGGGUUCGCAAGAGAAGUUUCAGCCGUUGAGUUUUCCGUUUAAAUUCCGCAGCGAAGCAGACUUGCGAUACUUUCAGAUCGCCCCAGAUUGUUUCGACUCCGGGAGGAGUUGGAAGCUUGAGGCACAGAUGCCAGCAGCCCUGAAAGAGCUGAGUAUGGAGAAGUUAGAGUUAGGAGGAGCCAGAAGGUGUCGGACAGCUUUCGAGCAUAUCCCCAAGAAGGUGUUGAUGGAAAUCUUGAUCAGAUUGCCAGCGAAAUCAGUGAUGAGGUUCAAGUGCGUCUCAAAGCUCUGGUCUUUACUUAUCUCCUCUAGCUAUUUCACAAACUUUUUCCACAAGACUAGGCAAUCAUCGCGUUUGUUUAUGUAUAUUGUGAACAACGAGAAACCUUCUGACUAUAUGUUUCUCUCAACAUCACCAAAUCCGGACUCAGACAAGUCCAUCUUGUCACUCGACCAUGUUCUGGACAUGCCGGUAUUGGGAGGGCACUUUGUGAGUGGUAUUCGUGGCCUUCUCUGUCUCAGAACUGAGAGAAGAAUGCAAAUCUGUAACCUCACCACCAAGCAGCUCGUGGAGUUGGAGUUGUUCCCAAUAGACGACGACGAUAAUGUGUGGAUCUAUUUUGGGCAUGACCAUGUUCGCGAUGAAUACAAAGUUCUUAACAUAGUUUGGGAGUUUAGCAAUGAUGGGGAGAAAUUACUAAGAUCUUCCGAGUAUCAGGUAUUGGUACUUGCUCCUCAAGCUUCAUGGAGAAAUACUCAAAGCAGCUUCAUUCCUCCUCCUCAUCUUCCUUGCACAAAAGGUAUCUCCAUCAAUGGUGUUUUGUAUUAUAGAGCUCAGAUUGAUCGUAGUGAUACCUUUGUGGUCAUGAGUUUUGACUUGACUUCAGAGGAGUUCUCUUUGAUAAAAUGCCCCCUUGACGUCAUCCCUCGCCCAGCUCUCAUGAACUACGAAGGGAAAAUAUCACUUUUUGAUGUCUUUGAGUAUAGUGUAGACAUCUGGACAUUGGAGGAUGCAGAGAAAAGUAUCUGGUCAAACAUGAAGUCUUUUGUUUUGACCAUUUCGGACAUGGAUUUUGUGAGUUGGUCUCGCGUGUGGAGGCAAGGCACAAGUCGUAGCGGCGAGGUAUGGUUGGGAAAAACAAAUUUCGAUAGGGAUCUCUUUAUCAGUUAUGAUUUGGAGAGGAAUAAUAUAAUUAAAAGGAUUGAGAUGAAUCCAUUGUUUAAUCAGACUGAAGAAGCCAUGUAUAUAUUUUUUUGGGAUGACAUGGAGAGCAUUAUGUAUUUAGAAACCUAA